UUGUAGAAACAAAGUGAUUGGUGCAAAAAGCAAAAGAAUUGGGAGAGACUGACCCUCCUCUCCUCUCUCGCAUUUCAUUUUGCUUCUCUUCAACAAAAUCAAAUUCACUUCGAUUAACGAACAAACGCAAUGGCUCAAUCUUCAUCAGAAUCUUCUUCCUCUAACCGUAGAAACAUGAUUCCUUCAUUUCUCUACGGUUCAUCCACCAAAACCCUACCGGUUAUUCACCAGAUCGUCAGUUCCGGUCCCGCUCCGUCCGCCGCCGCGACGCCUUCACUCCGUGGAACUGGAUCCGGUAGAUUCAUGAUUCCUUCUCCUAAGGAACCUUUUGGCAAGAUCGAGAUGUAUUCACCUGCUUUCUAUGCUGCUUGUACUGCUGGUGGAAUUCUUAGCUGUGGUCUUACUCAUAUGACUGUUACUCCUCUUGACUUAGUCAAGUGUAAUAUGCAGAUUGACCCUGCCAAGUACAAGAGCAUCUCAUCAGGGUUUGGAGUUUUGUUCAAGGAGCAGGGAGUUAAGGGAUUUUUCCGCGGAUGGGUGCCAACAUUACUUGGUUACAGUGCCCAGGGUGCUUGCAAAUUUGGGUUCUAUGAGUUCUUUAAGAAGUACUAUUCUGAUAUUGCUGGCCCCGAGUAUGCAGCCAAGUACAAGACCUUGAUCUACCUUGCUGGUUCAGCAUCUGCUGAGGUUAUUGCUGACGUUGCACUUUGCCCAUUCGAGGCUGUUAAAGUCCGUGUUCAAACUCAGCCUGGUUUUGCAAGAGGUCUCGGUGAUGGGCUCCCAAAAUUUGUCAAGUCUGAAGGAGCUUUGGGGCUGUACAAGGGAUUAGUGCCUCUAUGGGGAAGGCAGAUUCCAUACACUAUGAUGAAGUUUGCCUCUUUUGAGACCAUUGUUGAGCAAAUCUAUAAGCAUGCCAUCCCACAACCAAAGAAUGAGUGCAGCAAAGGGCUGCAACUUGGUGUCAGUUUUGCUGGUGGAUACAUUGCUGGUGUACUUUGUGCAAUUGUGUCUCAUCCUGCUGAUAACCUUGUCUCUUUUCUGAACAACGCCAAAGGAGCAACAGUUGGUGAUGCUGUUGCGAAGUUUGGUGUGGUUGGUCUCUUCACCAGAGGUCUCCCUCUCCGGAUUGUUAUGAUUGGAACACUUACCGGAGCCCAGUGGGGAAUAUAUGAUGCUUUCAAAGUCUUUGUGGGGCUGCCAACAACCGGUGGUGCUGCUCCUGCUCCCGUUGCAGAGAUUGCAAAGGAAUGAAGUAAUCAACAAUGACUACAAUUUAUAGUUUGCUUAAGAAACUUAGGAAACCAGCGAAUAGGGACCAUAAAUAAACAGAGGAGUGCCGAGGUUGCUUGAGUUCUCAAGCAUGGUUGGAUGAUAUUCUUUUCAAGUUCAGACAUUGUUUCCAAUUUUCUUGCAUUUGUUAUUUUAAAUUUUGGUAGGAUGGUUUUGCUCGCAUCCUUCCAGUUGCUGAAAACUUCGUAGCUAGGAAUGAUAUAAUUUUGCGUGUUAGGGUCACUACAUGCCUCUGUCAAAAGGAAUACACAUUUGUUUUGUUGUCUAUGCAUAAGCAUGGGCGGAUAUGCAAUGCCUCGAUUGAGAUCAAUUUUUCUUCUAGUUUACCUGAUUAAUUUUCAUCCGGAA